AUUAUCCACCGGGGCUGCCAUAGCUGUUCCUCCCCCUCCAGCGGCCGUGUGACAUGAACCUCCAGCGGGGCUCGUCUCCUGUGCAGCAGCAGCAGCAGCAGAGUCUGGGCGGAGAGGAGUGGUCGGACAUCAGUAUGCACUUUUAACAUCGACGGAGCCUCGAACGCAGCGCGCGGCGACGUCGCGGAGCCUCCAAGUGCGUCUUAAAAAACCCUCCGAAGUUGUGCAAAGCGGGCGAUGGUUCGCGUCUGAUUUGUUGCUCAACUAUCCGGGGAGAGGGAGGCUGCAGACGGAGGAGGAGGAGGAGAAGGAGGAGGAGGGGGACUGAAACGCUGCAUCGCGGCGGCAGAGAUUCCUCCUGGCUCGAGGCUUCGCGCAAUCGCCCAAAAUGUCAUCUCAGGCGAAAGUCAAGAAGGACAAAGAGAUUAUAGCCGAGUAUGAGACCCAAGUGAAAGAGAUCCGUAACCAGCUGGUGGAGCAGUUCCGUUGUCUGGAACAGCAGUCCGAGUCCCGGCUGCAGCUGCUGCAGGACCUGCAGGAGUUCUUCCGCCGAAAGGCCGAGCUCCAGCUGGAGUACUCCAGAGGCCUGGACAAACUGGCCGAGCGCUACUCCUCCAAGAUCCGCACCUCCAGAGAGCACCAGCACUUCAAAAAAGACCAAAACCUCCUGUCCACUGUGAACUGCUGGUAUUUGGUGCUGGACCAGACUCGCCGGGAGAGCAGAGACCACGCCACUCUCAGCGACAUCUACAACAGCAACGUCAUUGUCCGUUUGGCGCACGUGGGCGAGGAUGUCAUCAGACUUUUCAAAAAGAGUAAAGACAUUGGAGUGCAGAUGCACGAAGAGUUGGUGAAAGUUACCAAUGAACUCUACACAGUGAUGAAGACGUACCACAUGUACCACACUGAGAGCCUCAGCGCUGAGAGCAAGCUGAAAGAGGCGGAAAAACAGGAGGAGAAGCACAUCGGCAAGGCCAACGACAUCAGCACCAGCCUCCUGCGUUACGGUCACGACGAUCGUCCACAGCGACGGAGUUCUGUGAAGAAGAUGGAGAAAAUGAAGGAGAAGAGACAAGCCAAGUACUCUGAAAACAAGCUGAAAUGCACAAAAGCCCGGAACGACUAUCUUCUCAAUCUGGCAGCUACCAAUGCCCUGGUGGCCAAAUACUACAUCCACGAUGUUUCAGACAUGAUAGAUUGUUGUGAUUUAGGGUUCCACGCGAGCCUGGCACGCACCAUGAGAACCUACCUGUCUGCAGAAUAUAGCCUGGAAACGUCUCGCCAUGAAGGUUUGGACCUACUGGAGGGAGCGGUGGACGCCAUGGACAUCAGAGGAGACAAGCUGAAGUUUAUGGACACACAUAGCCAGAUCUUUUGUCCUCCGGCACGCUUUGACUAUCAGCCACACAUGGGGGAUGAGGUGUGCCAGGUGAGUGCACAGCAGCCUGUCCAGACAGAGCUCUUGAUGCGUUACCACCAGCUGCAGUCUCGCCUGGCCACACUGAAGAUAGAAAAUGAAGAGGUGAGGAAGACUCUGGACGCCACCAUGCAGACCCUCCAGGACAUGCUCACCGUGGAGGACUUUGAUGUUUCCGAAGCCUUCCAGCACAGUCAAUCCACAGAGUCGGUCAAAUCGGCUUCCUCUGACUCCUACAUGAGCAAGGCAAACAUCGCUAAGAGGCGAGCCAAUCAGCAGGAGACCGAGGGCUUCUACUUCACUAAAUACAAGGAGUACUUGAAUGGCAGCAAUCUCAUUGUGAAACUGCAGGCUAAGCAUGACCUUCUGAAGCAGACGCUGGGAGAAGGGGAGAGGGCUGAAUAUGGAACAACAAGGCCCCCCACUCUUCCCCCUAAACCCUCGAGAAUGCGGAAGUCUAGACCUCGCUCCGUUUUUAACCGUAAGCUGUUUAACGGCAAUAUGGAGACCUUCAUUCAGGAUUCAGGGCAGCCGAUACCGGUGGUGGUCGAGAGCUGCGUCCGAUACAUCAACCUGUACGGUCUUCAACAGCAAGGUAUAUUUCGAGUUCCAGGAUCCCAGGUCGAAGUCAAUGAUAUUAAAAAUGCAUUUGAAAGAGGAGAGGAUCCUCUGGUGGAUGAUCAGACUGAUCAUGACAUCAACUCCGUGGCGGGCGUUCUUAAGCUCUACUUCCGGGGGCUGGAAAACCCGCUGUUCCCUAAAGAGCGCUUCCUCGACCUCAUAUCCACCACCAAGCUUGACUCUGGUGCAGAAAGAGCUCAUCACCUCCAGCAGAUAGUCGUGACUCUUCAGCGGCCCGUGAUCAUCGUCAUGAGAUACUUGUUUGCAUUUCUGAAUCAUCUUUCCCAGUACAGCGACGAGAACAUGAUGGACCCUUACAACCUGGCUAUCUGCUUCGGCCCCACGCUGAUGCCGAUACCAGAUGACCAAGAUCCCGUGGCCUGCCAAGCACACGUUAACGAGGUCAUCAAGACGGUUAUCAUCCACCAUGAGGCCAUCUUCCCGACCCAGCGAGAGCUGGAAGGACCUGUGUAUGAGAAGUGCAUGGCUGGAGGGGAGGAUUACUGCGAAAGCCCCCACAGCGAGCCGGGAGCUCUCGACGAGAUUGACAACGGUACCGGACCUAACACAAGUGAUGAAGAGUUGGAGCAGAUUGAGGCCAUAGCGAAAUUUGACUAUGUGGGCCGAACGCCGAGAGAGCUGUCCUUCAAGAAGGGAGCGUCGCUGCUUCUCUACCUGCGAGCUUCCGAGGACUGGUGGGAAGGCCGACACAACGGCGUGGACGGACUGAUCCCGCAUCAGUACAUCGUGGUGCAAGACAUGGACGAUGCAUUCUCAGACAGUAUUCAGAGGACUGAUAGUGAGACCAGCAGUGGACCGCACCACAAUGACAGAACCUCGUUCAGAAACGAGCGUCAGUCUCCUUGUGAACACACAUCUGAGAGCCGCUUCGGAGCAGCAUUAGGAAGGGUGAGAGUGCGAUCAGAUGGAGCUGCGGUCCCUCGCCACAGGAACGGCGCCGACAGUCUGAGCCCCACCAGAGCCGCCGAUCAGCCCCCCAGGGUGAUGCCUCGGCCCUGCAGCCCACACAAAAUGGCUGUUAUCAGGGGCCAAACAGACAGUCCGGAGAAACGGCGUCUCACCACAUUCGGCAGCGCCGGCUGCAUCAACCACCCCGACAGGAAGGCGUUUGUUGACAGCCACUCUCAGCGAUCGUCGCCGAGCACCACUCGACACGCGAGUUUAGGAGACCACAAGGCUCUCGAGGCUGAGGCGCUCGCAGAGGACAUAGAGAAAACUAUGAACACAGCUCUGCAUGAGUUGCGUGAGCUGGAGAGGCAGAAUGUGGCCAAACACGCCCCUGAUGUUGUCCUGGACACGUUGGAGCCUCUCAAGCACCCUGGUGGAGCCGGGGAUCCGUCCGCCAGCCCCCUCCACACCAUGGUGAUCAGAGAUCCGGACGCAGCCCAGCGACGUAGCAGCAGCAGCUCCUCCUCCGAGACCAUGACCACUUUCAAGCCCGCUCUAUCGGUGCGUCGACCGAGUGCACCUCUACGGCCCCCGCCUGUCAGACCUGUCCGACCGGCCCCUGUGAUCGGACAGGGCCAGGGACCGCACCGCUCCAGCAGCUCCAGCUCCUCCGGCCUGGGCAGCCCAGGCAUCACGCCCACUGACAGGGUCUUUCCCAAAGCGCCCUCCCCUUCACCAUCCACCUCCUCCUCAUCCUCAGACAAACAAGGUAACAUGUAGCUCCAGUCAGUCACAAGCCAAGCGGUUGCAGAACACUGUGGAUGCCGGCUGAUUGUGAUUAUCAUCACGCCCCUAAACCUCCUUUUGACAGCAAAACAAACAUUGACGCCGGGUCUGUACGAUGAAUAUUUACCACUAAUAUUGUGUAGUGUAGGAUGGCAACUUGUGGUUCCUGCCCACACGAGUUGGGAACAAGUCAGUGUACUGUAUUACAACGAUACGCAGAAAUAGGAUUUAAAACUAGGAGAAAUAUUUUAUCGACCAUGCUGAAUAGUCAUGCUGGAACAAAGGGAUGCACUGGAAAAUACUUCUGUUUACUGAAAUAUGACAACGAAACAUCUCUCAUCGAAAUGUUAUUCGAUUAUAAAAAUGCUGUGAGCUUGUGCCUGGUUUCCUGUUCCAUUAUGAGGGAACACUUAAGGGAAUAUUUCACCACUAAUCAUGUAGACAUCCAGUGUCUGCUGGUGGUCCAGAUAGUCUAUAGUAAUUAGAAUUCGUUGGGCACCAUUUCUAUUGACGAGAAGGUUUCCUGUCCCACGGUGUAACAGCACAGUGAAUGGUGAAACCAGAGUGGAACUGCCUCAAGCUGUAGCUUCUUAUUUUUUCUUUUUUUAAUGACCACUAGAUGCUGGCUCCGAGGAAGUUGCAUUGCAUUGGCUUCAGGGUCAAGCCGUGGCAGUUGUGACUGAAAAAUCUAUGCACAGUGGCUUUGAAUGAAAUGGAGAUGUCUUGGAAUGUACGAAGUUUGGCAAAAUCAUCCAAAAAAAUAAAAGUCUGCACAAUGAUUUCUUUGGCAUCGGUCGACCGAUAGUUUGCUCCGAACAGCUUAAGUCUGGUGAGUUUGCGACCGUUACAGCGGCGGUAUCACGGUAGCAGCGUCUUUGCCUCUCUUUGUUGUCGUCAGCAGUGGACCAGGACUGUUACAAACCCACUGUGAUAGUUAUAUUUGAUCAAUUCUCUCGGCGUCGGUACUGGGAAGCUGUUUCAAAAGCUACUUCUUAAAAGUCUUGAUCUAAACAAACAAGAAAUGAUGAUCUCAGCCAAAACCACAUUCCUGUUUCCACAUCUAUUAGUGUCAGAUCGGGGCCAGUGGGUGGCAGAGUAGGACACAUUGACGAUUGUUGUGACCAUUAUAGAUAUGCCAUCCAUGUAACUAAUACAAAGAAAUAAAGACGAACAUCAGACAAAUGUUCUUAUAAUAUUGUCAUCUCUCUAUAUAAAAAAAAUAAAAGAUUAGCUGUGUUACCUCAAGAAACAAGAAAAACACGCGUACAAUUCAAAUGACUAAUGCACUUAUAAACACUACAGGGAACUGUGCUGCAUUUGUAGGUUCUGUGUUUUCAUUUUGAUGAAGUCGUAACUAGAAAAACAUGAUAUAGCACAUCGGUAUCAUCGACGCUUGUCUAGACUCGUCUAGAUCGCACACGGUCACCGCAGGCUGUGUGGAUGUUUAGCUGAACUUGUUUACUGUUGGUGAUAUUUGUUGUUUGUCUUAUAAGGAUGAUCAAUAUAUCUUUAAAGUGUAAUAGGUACAUUGGAAUGAAUAUAUACAUACUGUUAAAGGAUGCUUGUAAAAAAUAACAUUGUAUGAUAGGAACCGGAUAUAUUAUCAUCUCUAGUGUGUAGAUUUUUGUAAUUCUUAUCCUUGCACAGAUAUUAGCAAAACAAUAAAAUCAAUGAAACCUCACGGAA